UAAAAAGCUUGACACAAAAAUAGUGUCAAAAAUUAAUUGUUAUUUUUUUUGUCUAGUAUGACAGGCGUCGAGGAUUAAAUUCACUGUUAAUUACUAUGACUUUUAAUGAAAAAAUAUAAAAUCAAAAGUAAAACUUGAGAAGCAUGUCUCUAUUGAAUCUGGUGUUAACCGUCUGCCCACUACUUACGUUCACAAUUAAUGGAUUAGUUUUGUUUUUUGAUAAUUGAACAUUUUUGAAGUGCAUGGAGGUUUGAGUUUUUGAAAUUUACAGUGCGUGCCGUGAUUAUGAAUGUGUAAAUAAAGCAAGGUUCAAUGAUGACUUCUGCAUCUUCGGAUAUGAGCCUAAUGGAUCUCCUUAUUGAGAGAGAUAACUCUCUUUUAAAGGGUGAAGUUAAGGACGAAUCGUACAACGACGAUAAUAUUGUGAACGAGGAAUGGAUUGCCACAACUGGCUACCAGGACGAUUUCUUGAAUUCAUUUCUAAAUGAUGAUCAAUUCAAUUUUAUGGACAAUGACACAAUCAGCGGUGACUUGGAGGCUGUACCUUCAUCAUCUUCCGACAGCGGUUUAUCAAGUGCAUUUAGUCUCUCCUGUGAGCAACAAUUAAGUCCACAUUUACCAAUGGAAGAAGAUCAAACAGGAAUGAUAAACUCAUGUCUCAACAGUCCACAAAAUACCGCGGAAUUUGAUUAUUUAGACAGUCCCAAUGAAUCUGUCGACGAUAGUGUCGGUAGUCCUGAUAGAUCUGUCGUCAGUUCUAAUUUCGGCUCUCCCAUUCCUCAAAUCACUGAAGAAAUGGAUUGUCAACAAACAUUUGUUACUCUCGUCAAUCCAGAAGCUAUGGAGGAAACAAGUUCCGAAACGAUUGUUGAACAAACUCCAGUUAUAAACUUUGAUUCAAAUGUAAAACAUAUUACGACAAACGAUAAUACUGUCAGCUUACGCAACAUUUCUUGCAAUGGAAAACGAAACAUCAAACAAUUAAUACGUGUCACACCGAUUGGAUCACGUAACUCAAGAUCUUUACUUUUGCCAUUGAAUUCAAGCGACAUUAAGGAAGUUCGAACAAUAAAAAUUAUCAAUGCUGUUCAAGCGAGAAAUCUCAAAGGUUUCAAAAUCAAUCAAGGAAACGUUCUCACAAAGAAUUUGCAAAUAAACUUCAAAAAAGAAGAUUUAAGCAACAAGACAGUCUCAGUUAACAAUGAAAUUACCGAAAGUGUUUCGCAAUAUCAGCCAUUGAAAUUAAACGCCGAAGAGAAGCGUUUACUGCAAAAGGAAGGCAUCACCUUGCCAACUCAUCAUCCUCUGACAAAAACCGAGGAACGUGAACUAAAGAGAAUCAGACGUAAGAUUCGUAAUAAGAUUUCUGCUCAGGAUUCACGUAAAAGAAAAAAGGAGUACGUUGAUGGAUUAGAAGAUCGCGUGAAACAGUGCACCGAAGAAAAUUUAACACUCAUAAAGCGCAUUAAAGUUCUUCAAUCACAAAAUCAGAGUCUAGCGGGACAAUUAAAAAGACUACAAACCCUCAUUCAGAAGGGAAACAAAAGUGCACAACCUGCAACUUGUCUUAUGGUAUUUUUGCUCUCUCUAGCACUUGUUGCCGUUCCAAAUUUGCGACCACAUUCUAAUGCUAACAGCAAUGAACUUGCCCAAGAGCAAAAACAACAAGAGAAAAUCACACCGCUAGCAGGUCGUUCGAGAAAUUUACUGUACACAAAACAAAUCAUGGAGAAAGAACUUCAGCAAUAUGGAGAAGAGCUACUCCAAGAAUUCGAGGGUCUAAUGGACCAUGAUUACAGCAAUAUUCAAGUGCCAAUGUACAGGAAAGAGCAUUACGACAAUAAACUGUCACAGAAAAAUAUAUUAUCGGAGGCGAUCGACGAAACAUUUGGUCCUGGGAACGAUAUAAAUUCGAAUCCAACUUUAAAAUACAUAGAACCACCAUUGGACGAUUAUAGGCCACCUCCCAAGCCAGGAGGAUUAUCGGAGGCAAAAAUAGCUAAUAAGCUGGAAGCACUUACAAAUGAGCUGAAAAUUAACAUUUCAGACACUGAAGGUAUACGAAGUGUAUUCGUAAAUGGACCACAGGUGUAGAAAUCGAAAUUGAAAUUGAAAUUUCAUUAAAAAAUCAGGUCCAAAAUUAAAAACGGACACUAUUGUCAAAAUUAAAUGUAAUUGCUUUCUCAGGGUUAUUUUUUUAAAAAUUGUUUUACAUAAUGUUGAAGAAUAUGGUUUUUAUUCAAAGUAUAUAAUAUAAAUAUAAAUAACCAUGUGAAAAUGCAAAUGACUGAAUACACUGGUAGACAAUUUUUUAAAACAUUUGAUAAUUAUCAUUUUAUGUUGUUCUUUUUGAUUUUUUAAAUUUGACUUUAGAUUCGUAAUUGAUGGUUCGAAAAAUCAAUUGAUGAGCGAAUCUGAUAUUUUUGAAAAAUUUAUAUAAUUAUUAUGUUUUAGACGAUUUUUAUUAGAAAUAGUAAGAGAUUUAAAAAGUUUUACCCAGGAAAAUCAUUUAAUGAUUCUGGACUCGACGCGGUACUCUGGUAAAAUUAUCAAUAUAGCAUUCUUAAAAAAAUAUUGAAAAUUUAUUUUUUAAUUCCGCAAUUGACUGAAAAUACUAGUGAAAUCAACCAUUUGGUUUUUUUUAUGGAAUGAUAUGCAUACUGUAAUGAAAUCUAUAAACUCGCAUUUUAUUGUCUUUUAACAAUACAAUAUCAAUGCGACUUUCUUAGUUUUCACUAUGCAAUAUUAGAAACCCUGAAAAAGGAAAUUGUACAAAAAUUUAAUGUAGUUAAUAGUUUUAUAAUCACGCUAAUGAUUGCCUGUAUAUGACUAAUUUUUGGCAUUCAAGCACUGAUUACUAAAUUACGGAAAUUUAAUUAGUCGAUAGUUAAUUAAUUUAAUUAAUUAAAAAUUCGUAUCUUUACACAUAAGUAUAAAUCAAUCUUAUACGACUUUUUACUAAUUAGCCGUAACUAUAUGUAUAUAUAUGUGUGGUUCAAAAUUCUCCAAGAAGUAACAUUCUUUUAAAGGUUAAAUUUUACGAAAAGAAAUAUUUUUUCUUUUUGCAUAAAGAUUCUGCAGUCAAAUAAGUUGUUUAAAAAAUAAGUACUUUUUUUGAUUUGCAACCUUGCUUUUCUUUUAAACAAAAUAUUUUUUCUAACGCCUUAAAACUAAUGUAGAAAAACUCACUGGUAUGUUUUAUAAAUAAAUGUACUUUAAACACAAAAAAAGUGACUUAGAGAAUUUUGAACCAUAUGCUUCCCAGUUGUUUAAUAUCUAAGAAUUUUGAUUGAUGAUUUUUUGAUCUCUGAAAAAAUGUAUUUCUAAAAGAAAUAAUCGAAAUAUUUUAAAUAGAAGCAUAUAAACAGGAUAAAAACGUUUUUUUAAAAAAAUUGUGAUUGAUAUGAAGAAAAACUGCAUGGUUUUACAAAUUAUGUGAAUUUCAUUUUUCUUAAGGUGAUUGCUUUUUUAUUUAAUUAAAACUAUAUAAACAUUUUUAGUUGAUCAUAUACAUCACGACAAAGCGACGCACUCUUUUUUUGCAUUAUAUAAGUGAAUAAAUAUUAAAUGUAAAAAAAUUUUCUAAUAUUUUGAAAAUAUUUUUUUAAGGAGUGGAGUUAAAAGACACGGGUCGGGAAUCGAAACUAAGAUUCAAACAUUGUCCGCAAAAUUUAUUUACUUAUAGGUACAGUUUUAAAUAAGAAAUUUACACAGUUACUUGAGGAGUUUAUGUUUAGUUGUUUAAAUUUUUGAUAAAGAAAUAGAGUUAUUAAAAUAUUUAUUUGAACUGCAGUGAUAAUUAGAGUGUGUCGUUUUGAUUUGGUCACAUAAAAAUAUAUACUUAAAUACAAAUAUAUAUUUUUUUGCGUACAAACCA